AUGCACAAUAUUCAACCCCUCCCCCACGUGUCCCAUGCAUUCUCACCCCAUCUCACUCCGUUACUACACCCAUCACCUUCUCAUGCACUGAUGUGCCUGUCUGUCCUCUAUCUUCACUACAUACACAGUGUACUAGACGCCCUGAAGUGGGUGACGCCCAAGCUGGGCAGAGCUCUCUGGACCCGGGUAUGGCCUUUCACCCGUAAGUACACCAUGAUCCUAGCCCUGGAUUGUUCACCAGGGAUGCUGGCCAGGCUAUUCGCAUACGUAGACGACGGUAGCUUGAAGUGUAUAGUGGAUCCGAACGGACCCUUUGACUUCAGUACUGAAGGUGUGCGAGCGGCCUUUGAGGUGUUGCAGAGCCGCAGGGCCAAGGGCAAGGUGGUGAUUAAGAUAGCCGACGAGUGAGGUUACUGGGUAGGUAAACGUGUAGGUAUAUGUACUGGGUAGGUAAACGUGUUAGGUAUAUGCAUGAUAGGAGUAUAGAUGUUGGUGCAGGUUGGGUGGCCCAGUGUAUACAUAGCGCCGGCAGGUGCUUGCUGUCUUGGGCAUACACAGCUAUGUAUUCUCACUCGCUUAUAACCACAGCCGUUCAUCUGCGGAAUAUGGAUGUGGCUGAUUUGUGAAGGUAAGACACUCUCUCCGGCACAACAAGUGUGUACGCGACCAAUAAUAGUGAUAACACUAGGUACAGAACUUUCAGGACGCGAUACUUGUCAACGACACCUGUAGUGAGUGUAUGGUGGAGUUGACACUGUUCUCCGGUGUGAGGGCAAUUCGUACUGUCCGGAGCGCCGCAAUUGAGGCCAAAAUAGAUGGCGGAUGGUACAGCCUUCGCCCAUGUCGGCAUGCGGUUAACCACUGUACGGUCCGUGUGUAUGAGACGAGGUGAGGUGAACCAACUUUGGCCCCAAAAAAGGCCCACAAAACAGGCAGUAUAUUUCAGAUGACCUCGGAAUGAACAUGAAUAAACACGACAACCCCUGCUCGUACUCAUGACAGGGUUCGCACAGGCUCUUAGGCUUGAGGGGGACCCCUUGUUACAGGGUUUUAGGGUUUGAGGGUUUUGCACAUGCUCUUAGGCUUAACAGACCCCUUGUGUUCACUUUACUUGGACUGUGUGG